UGUGGGCCUUCCCCCUAAGUAACACUGCCGUUGCUGGUUUCGUUGAUGAUGCAGAAACCUUGUGACGCCACCCGUAGACCAGCUGCGAGGGCAGCGGCUUCUCUGGGAUGGCCACGUUCAUUAAGCGGGGCUCCGAGUGGCUCAGAAUUCCCAAAGGACCGCGGUGCAGAAAGUCUGCACCUCCUCUAGGGCUCCAGCUUUGCAUUUGAGUUCCAGGACCCCCAUCUGUUCUCUCUUUAUCCCAACAUCCAGCUCACCUGGAGGCCAAGAAGAAGGGUAUCACACCCUGCUACACGCACUCACACAACGCACUCACACAAUGGAGGUGAAUACAGACACCCACAGGGACUCACACCCCCGUUCACAUCUACAUUCUCACACACUCAUAGUCACACUCAUCCGUCCACACACACGUGCACACACACAGGCACAACACACACACUCACUCACAGAGACACAAAGUGAUACACACACUUACACGGUCCCACACAUACACACAGUCUUUCUCAUUCACACAACUUCACACACACACAAACACACACAUACACAGUUAAACACACGUGCGCACAGGCUUACACAAGUCUCCCUCACACACACACACCCCACACACACAUCUGAAGGCUGAGACCCACCGAGGCUGAUCUGUGUCUCGGGGAGGGUGGGUGCUGCAGAGAUGGGAUGGGGGUCCCUCCACCUUCAAAGCUGAAAAAAUGUGGGCAGGGGGUGAAGUUAGUCAAGGAUAAAAAAAAAAGUCACCCCACCAAGUUUUCACCUCCAGACACCAAUAGCCACUGGGGUCACUUCCGUGAAAGGAGAGAAGGUGGACGGGGAGCAGCCAGAAAGUCCCAGCUUCCGGGAGGACAGUCUCUCGUCUGCUUGGCUACCCAAUCCCCCAGCAACCCUGAGAGGGACGCAGUCACUGGCAUACAGCAGGCGCUUAAGACAGAGAGAAACACUGCUAAGAAUGACAAAAUACCAGCGCAGCAUUCAGGUCCCUGCAGAGGGGCGUGGAGCCAAGAGAGGAAGCCGUUCCCGUUGGGAAGGGGACUAAUGCUGCAAAGAUUGAAUGCUGAAUGUUGAAGGGUUAUUUCUCCAUCCAAGGCCCAGAGUCCGUGCAAGGCGUAGAGCAGGGAUCCGUGACCAUUCAGUGUCGCUAUGACCCAGGAUGGGAGACCUACAGGAAGUGGUGGUGCCGAGGAGAAAGGUGGGAGUCAUGCAGGAUCCUCGUCCAAACCGAAGGAUCAGAGCAAGAAGUGAAGAAGGACCAUGUGUCGAUCAGGGACGACCAGAAAGGCCGCGUGCUCAUGGUGACCAUGCUGGAGCUCAGACAGAAAGACACCGACACUUACUGGUGCGGGAUUGCGAAGACUGGAACUGACCUUGGGGCAAAAAUUAAAGUGACCAUUGUCCCAGAGAGAGCUGUUCUGAACACAUCAGAGAGCCUGCCCUCCGGGACAACGGCCAACAGCAUUCUGGCCAUGUCCUCCAUCUCCUACAUCAGGACCCACUACGUGCUCCUGGCGUUUGUGAAGGUGCCCAUCUUGCUCGUCUUGGUUGGUAUCAUCCUCUGGCUGAAGGGAUCUCAGAGGGACCCUGAGGAGCAAUGGGGACAGCCCAUCUAUGCAAACCUGUCCUCUGGCCCACUGAACCUUACACUGAUGGAUGAGCAGAAACUUCCAGCCCCGGACCCCCUUUCCAGAGGAGACACGGGCCGUGGAAGAAACACCUCUGAGCGGUCAGGAUGCAGUGACUGUGGCUGGGGACCCUGGAGGCUGGCCAGACACCUGCCCUGCCCUGUCUAGCUUGAGGACAGCGCUCAGGGCCCUUCCGAUGCAUCAUUGCCAGCUGGAGUGCCAGCCCCUCGUUCCCACUUCUUUGGGUAGCAAGUACCCCCUCCAUCCCACCCCACGCCUGGGGGUCGGGGCGCACCGUCGGGAGCCGCUGGGAUAGAGCCCAAGUUCAGACGGUUGUGUCCCUACUGCUGGAAGAACUUGGAUGCAGAACCGGAGACCGAGGCCCACAGAGAAGCAACAGGGAUGCAGAAGAGAGAGGGGGAGCCCUGCCUGGAGCUGUUCCCUCCAUGCCUGAGACCAGCUCAACCAUGCUCUAGGUCUCAACUUCUGAUACGUGGGGUUUUUAAACAUUUUUUUCUUAAGCUUGUCAAAUUGGGUUUUGAUGGCUUGUGCCCAUAAGAACCCUGACCAAUGCACACACACACAGACACACACACCCUAAGGAGGGUGAUUCUGUGGAGAGUCCUGGUUCUGGGUCGUGAGAGGUUGGAUGGCCCCUCUGCCCAGGGAGGGUGAUGCUCUGGGUACAUGGGGCUGAGGAGGGGCCCAGUGCUGGCCUUCCUCCCCCUCUUCCUCUCUCCUCCCCCCCCAUCCUUCCCCAUCGUCCUCCUCCUCUAUCCUGGCUCCCCUAGCUCCCUGCCCCCCUCCCACCUCUCAGGGACUGGGGCUUCCUGGGGGCUGUGACUCGGGAGUCCAGCCCUCACUUCUCCCCUCAGCACGACUGCUGGGAUCCCCGGUGGGGCCGCUGGGUCUCAGAAACUACCUCCAGGUCAGGGGGGGUGGUUAUAAGAGCUGUCUGGUUAAAUGACGUUGUCUCUUUUCAAUAAUGUUGUUUAAAUAAGAUGAAAGAAAACUGUCUGAGGGAAAUAAUGUUGCCUCUCUUAAAUGAAGUUGUUUAAAUCAUCUUAAUAAGUACAGAAGUCUGAGGGGAAGAGGCCUCUUUGAAAGGCCUCACUCACAGCAGUGACACCCAGGGAUUUGGUCACUUGGUGUCACAUGGGUCGUGGUCCUCGGACCAAAGGGAACUUCACUUCACGUGAGGAGAAACAGUCCAUCUGAGAUGCAGCCCCUGACCCACACCCAGGCGAACACACACGUUUGGAAUGUUUCCCUAUGGUUUUUUCCCCAGCUCUAUUGAGGUAUCACGGACAAAUAAAAAUUAUAUGUACUUAA